ACGACAAUGACGGUGAGAGAAACCGAAAGAGACCGACAAGAGAGGAAAUUGUUGCAGGCAACGCAAGUGACCAUGCAAUCCCCACUAUUGAGGCAAACGUCGUCAUCAAGACUGAGGACAUUGAUGACGAUUACGACUAAUCUUAUGAAGUUAUGACAUUUACGGUUACGGUUACGAUUGACAUGCAGCGAUGCAAAAAGUCAUUAAGGAGAGCAGUGGAGUUGGGAAGCGCAGUUCUUCUUUCUUUCUUUCCGUCUCUUAUUUUUUUCCUCCUCCUUUUUUUCUUCUCUUUUUCUUUGUAUCCCCCUAUCACUAGACAGCAUUUUCAGCGGCCACGAGUCUCCGAGACUGUUACUUGCCAUGCACUAUUGGACUCCUUAUCAUCAUGGACAACGACAUUUAUCAGAACAUGUUCAUGUUUUCACCGCUGUCUCAGGUAUGGUACAUGUGAAACUCCGCACAUGUGAAUCUUUAAGAUACUACCUCUUGACUUUUGCUAUUAGAAUGCAAGAGUCUACACGUAAUAACAUGCUGAGCUGUUAUUAUCUGUUGACAUCCAUUGU